AUGUCUCAAGAUUAUUACGGACGAAGCACACGUUUUGCGGGCUCUUGGAGCGUUGUUAAUAAUGAAUUAUAUGAUGAUGAUGAUCAUCGCUUCGCACCUUCUUACGCCACUGAUACAUGGAGCGUAUUAGGUUCUCAAGACAUUAACGAAGAUCGGCUUUCAAGUUUGCCGCCGAAUUUUGGCGCUCUUUCUGAACUGGAUUAUGGAUCAUCGACUUCCACGAUACGUCAACAAGAAAGGGAUCCUUCGUCGCCUCCUGAACUUGAACCAGAAUUUUUUCCUUCUAUUUCUUCAACAAGAAAUUUUCUUGAAACUACUGAAAGGUUUGAACGUAGAAGACAAGAGGAUAUCGUUGGUAGACCCGAUGAAUUCGAGGCUAGUCUUCCUCCUCCUUCUUAUCAAACAUCGCCUCCAUACUCGGAUAUAACACCUCAUGAUUUUUCUUCAUUAAAUGAAGAUUCUCAAUCUAACAUUAAUAAUACUAUUAAUAAUAUUGAAUCAACCACUUCAGCAUCCUUAUCAUCUUGGAUAGUCAACUUUGUAAUUGCUGUGAUACUCGCUUCUGUUGCUUAUUACAUCAAGUCGGGCUUUUCCUUUGAAUUUUUCGAUGAUCUUUUUUAG